AUGACUCUCUACAACCAGAUCUGGGCCUUGACAGAGAAGACGCUCAGAAUCAUCAUCCUUCGACAUACCGUCUCGACGAUUUACAGCGCUCUCGUUCUUCCUAUCGUCCUCACUGUCUAUCUAGGCAUUGGCCAAAAGUUUACUCAGCCCAACGACAAGUUUGGCAUUGCUUCUCCUUUCGACAUCUUUUCUCUCGAUAAUGCUCUCUCCAAAUCUGACAGUGGCCGAAACACGGUCGUCUUUGUCAAUAGUGGCCACACUGGUGGUGACAUAGGGCAUGUCAUCGACACUGUUUCUGAUAUUGUCAAGGGAUCCGGCAAGAAUGCGACGAUCAUACAAGAUGAAGACGACUUGGGAUAUACCUGCCGGAGCACUAUCCGUGGCACAUCCAACUGCUUCGGCGCCGUGGUGUUUUAUUCUUCCCCUGAUGAGGGCAGCGAUGGCUUCUGGAACUACACUCUGCGUGCAGAUGCUGGUCUUGGAAAUAGCUUCCAGACGGACAAGGGCGACAACGAUGCCCAGAUUUAUGCAUUGCCUCUCCAACAUGCUGUUGAUGCUGCCAUUGCCGGCCUCAAGUCUGGCUCUUCUUUUCCUUCAACAACGCAGCAAUACGCUUAUACCGAGUUGACUGAGGAUGAGCGCCAAGCUGAUGUCCGGCGUAAAUACCAGAAAUCAUUUAUCAACUAUCUCAGCGUUGCUUACAUUACCGGUAUGAUUGGUGUCUGCUAUCAUAUGCCCGGCUACAUCGCCAUCGAGAGGGAAAGAGGCCUAUCUCAGCUUAUUGACGCCAUGAUGCCCACUAGCCAAGGGUGGCACCGUCAAUUCGCCAGGCUCAUCUCCCACCAUCACGCCUUUACCAUGACAUAUAUGCCAGGCUGGAUCGUUGCAUCCAUUGUUGCUAGAGUCACCAUCUGGACAAACACUAGCUUUGGCAUCCUGAUCAUCUUCUUCAUUCUCAGCGUGACCUCUGUCAUCUGGAUUGUGCUCGGUAUAAUAGCUCAAGUGAUUCCGCAUCCCAAUACCGCGACAGUCGCCGUCCUCAGUUUACUCUUCACUCCGUGCAACUUUAUCUAUUUCAUCAUCUACAUUGCUCGAUUUGAGCAGUACGGACAAGCAACGAAUCUAAUACACUUACCGCCAGGCCACACUUCAAAUCUUCCUGGAAUCGUUCAUUGGAUCUUUCUCAUUUUACAGAUGGCCGUGUAUCCAUUUGCCGCAGCCUUUGUAGAGCAGACCAUACACGGUGUGAGCACGGGAACUCGGUCGUCAAACGCUCUCGAAAACCCUGCCGGCGGCGUUCAAGAUGCGGUUCGUAUCGACAAUAUGACCAAAGUUUUCAAACCAAGUCCGAUUCGUAAAUUCUUCUCUUUUGUCUCGCCACCAAGGCCCGAGGUGGUUGCUGUGGAUAACUUGACUUUGAUGGCGAAGAAGGGCGAGAUCUUGGCAUUACUGGGUGCAAAUGGCAGCGGUAAAAGUACCACUCUUGACGCCAUUGCUGGUAUUAGCAAUUUCACCAGUGGCAAUAUGUCUGUCGAUACAUCCGGCGGUCUUGGAUUCGCCCCCCAGCAGAACGUCCUCUGGGAUGAUCUUACCGUCGAGGAACACAUCCGACUGUUUAGCCGUAUAAAAAAUCCUCACGACAAGACGCCUGACAAUGAAAUUGCAGAUUUGAUCGACGCUAUUGGACUUCGCUCAAAGGCCAAAGCUUGGUCAAAAACUCUAUCAGGUGGCCAAAAGAGAAAGCUUCAGCUUGGAAUGAUGUUGGUUGGUGGAAGUUCCGUCUGUUGUGUUGACGAAGUCUCUUCUGGAAUUGAUCCCCUGUCGCGCAGAAAAAUUUGGGACAUUCUCCUGAAAGAGCGCGGUUCCCGGACAAUCAUCAUGACUACCCAUUUCCUCGAUGAAGCAGACUUACUUGCUGACAACAUUGCCAUCCUAUCCAAGGGAACGUUGAGAGCUGAAGGCUCCUCUGCACAGCUCAAAGACACUUUUGGUGCUGGCUACCGUAUCCACGUACUCAACCCAAGGACUUUAAACGCUGUGCCUGAUAUUGAAGGUGUCACAAAAAAGGUUACUACAAACAACGUCACUUACCUGUCGUCAUCGUCGGAUCAGGCCGCCAAGGUCAUCCGGGCUCUAGAAGCUGCUGGUAUCCCAUACAGAUCAUCUGGCCCGACCAUUGAAGACGUCUUUCUCCACUUGGCUGAGGAAGUUCAUGGCGAAGGGCUUCAGCGACAACCCGACGUCAUUAACGAAAAGGUUGCCAAGGUUGCGAGCGAUACACCCAUCGCGGGCGAAAACCUGGCAUUGCUCACGGGGCGACAGAUCGGCAUGCUCAAGCAGACGGGCGUGCUUUUAAGAAAGAGAUUUACAGUUUUCAAGACAAAUUGGCUCCCUUAUGCGGCUGCCUUUCUGAUCCCCAUCAUCGCCGCUUCAGUCAUCCAAAUUCUUGUUCGCAAUGACGACUUAGUUGGGUGUUCACCCACGCAACGAAGUAGCCAUUCUUCAAAUGAUGAUUUCUUCAAGCUCUUAGAUACAGCUCAUCUUGCAGGCGGCCCGUCAUCUCAAUUUGGCAAUUCUUUAGACGAUUUGUUUAAACCAAUUCUACCAGGCUCAACAAGCCUUCGAAGCCGGGACAGUUCUACCACUGUUGGAAAUGUCACCGUCGAUCUAGUAGAUUCCCUCUCGUCCUUUGAAGAUUAUGUCAAAAACAACCGGAGGACUGUUACUCCCGCUGGCCUGUGGCUUGGUGACUCGAACUCAGCUCCGACGUUGGCCUUCAAAGCCGACAACUUUUCCAUGUACUCUGCGGUCAUAGGUCAGAGUUUCCUCAAUACCAUACUCGCCAACACUACCAUUGCAACGGAAUACAAAGCAUUUGACUAUCCUGUCGCUCCUUCAACUGGCAGAGGGCUCCAACUUGUGGUAUAUUUCGCUGUGGCUUUCUCAAUUUUCCCUGGUCUCUUUGGCCUCUAUCCCAAUUCAGAGAGGCUCAAGAAUGUUCGCAGUUUGCAAUACUCGAGUGGUGUUCGUACUCUACCGGUCUGGGCUGCACAUGUCAUCUUCGACUUUGGUAUCAUUGUUGUGCCCAUGAUCUUGACUGCCAUGAUAUUUGUCGUCUCCUCGAAUUCAUGGUACAAUGGAGGCUAUCUGUUCCCAAUUUUCAUCUUUUAUGGGCUGACAACGAUCGUCAUUUCUUAUCUCUUUUCACUCAUUUGCGACACUGCAAUGGCAACUUACGCCAUGACCUCCGUCGUUCAAUCACUUGGCUUUGCCGUCUACAUAAUUACCUACCUGUUUAUCCUUACCUACUCCCCAGCCUCAAACACCGAUCGAGACGUUCUCAUCGCACAUUGGGUCAUUGCCGCUAUUUUCCCCACGGGUUCAUUAAUUCGCACGUUGAUGGUUGGCCAAAACAUCUUUUCAACUACUUGCGACAACGACCAGCUUCGAGCCAAUCCUGCAGCAAUGACUGCCUACGGUGGUCCUCUGCUAUAUCUUAUCCUGCAAGCCAUCUUCUGGUUCUCUAUAGUAGUCUGGAUUGAGAGUGGUGCUGGUCGAUAUGCCCCUGAAAAGGCCAAGAAGUCUCCCGAAGUUGACGAUCCGGAAGUCGCAGACGAGCUACUCCGUGUCGAUGGCCCAGACGGCCAAUCUGAUGGUCUCCGUAUUGCACAUCUAACCAAAGCCUUUGGUAAGAAUACUGCCGUCGAUAACGUCACCUUUGGAGUCGAACACGGCGAAGUGUUUGCUCUCCUCGGUCCCAACGGCGCAGGCAAAUCCACUACCAUCUCCCUGAUACGAGGCGACAUUGCACCGAGUCGUAACGGCGGAGAUGUGUUUAUCGAAAACGUCUCCAUUACCAAACGCCGUGCCGCUGCCAGAGCAAAUCUCGGUGUGUGCCCUCAAUUCGACGCCAUCGACAACAUGACCGUUAGCGAGCAUCUCCGCCACUACUCCCGCCUCCGAGGCAUCUCUGAUAUCGACCACCAAGUUCCCGCUGUCAUCCGUGCCGUCGGAUUAGAAGUCUAUGCAGACGUCAUGGCACAUACUCUCUCAGGAGGCAACAAGCGCAAACUCUCCCUCGGCAUCGCCCUCACAGGAAAUCCACCCGUCAUCCUCCUCGACGAACCAUCCUCCGGUCUCGACGCAGCAGCCAAGCGCAUCAUGUGGCGCACUCUCGAGGCCAUCGUCCCAGGCCGCUCCAUCCUUCUCACCACGCACAGCAUGGAAGAGGCCGACGCGCUGGCUAAUCGCGCGGGCAUCAUGGCUCGCCGCAUGCUCGCCCUCGGGACGACGGAAAAGCUUCGUCACCGCUUUGGAGAUACGCUGCACGUUCACCUCGUCAGCAAGACUGCGCCUCACUCUUCGGAGGAGGAGAUGGAUAACCUUCGCGCGUGGGUGCUGAAUAACUUCCCCGGAGCGUCCGUGGAGCAGGAGACGUACCAUGGACAGAUGCGCUUCUCGAUGCCUUCGUCCGCGGUGCCGAUGCAGAGUGGAGUGGCGAGUAGCAGUGAGAGUGCUAGGGGAAGACUGCUUAUUAUGCUAGAGGAGCAGAAACAAUAUUUGGGCAUCGCACACCAUAGUGUCAGUCCUACAACGCUGAAUGAAGUGUUCCUGAAUAUUGUUGGGAAGCACGAUGUUCAAGAAGAAGGGUAUAACAACAGAACAGAUGAAGGAGUCAGAAAGCCCUGGUGGAAGUCAAAGUACAUCUGGGGUUUUGAGCGUUCUUAA